AUGCCUACCUAUCUAAUUCAAUUUGCUCAGUUUCAUAAUGAAUUCAGACUUCCUGAACUUCUUUCACUUGCUAAAUUAGAAAAAGUCAAUAUCAAAUAUAAUGAACAAGAGCAUAUUUUUGAACUUUGGGGAGAGGGUAAUACAUACGAAGAAGUUCAUAACCAAGUAAAAAAGACUUCAGAUCGUUGGCCUGCUUAUAAUACUUGUUCUUUCAAAUUUGUUGUUUCAUCAUUUGGAUCAACUAUUCCUUAUAAAGAACAAAUCAACAUCAUCAACUCCUUUUCUUAUUUAGGUUUUGAAGGACCUAUUGAUAUGAAAUCACCUGACGUUCAAUUCCAUGUUUUGGCUGAUUUUGGCGCUGAAAAUGGAACAGAGCGUCCUUUACCUCUUCAUAUCUAUAUGGGUGAAUUGAUAGCUACAGGAAGUCGUGAUCUUGUCAAUUUGUACAAUUUGAAAAAGAGAAAAUAUUUAGGCACAACAUCCAUGGAUGCUGAAUUAUCAUUGGUUAUGGCCAAUCAGGCAUUAGCAGCUCCUGGUAAACUUGUCUAUGAUCCAUUUGUAGGUACGGGUAGUUUCCUAUUUACUUGUGCUCAUUUUGGAGCAUUUACUUUGGGAUCUGAUAUUGAUGGAAGACAAAUUCGUGGUAAAGGAAACGCAAGUGUACAUUCAAAUAUUGAACAAUAUAACUUACAAGGUCGUGUGCUGGACACACUUGUAUUCGAUAUCUGUCAUCAUCCUUGGCGAUCACAACAGUGGAUUGAUGCCAUCGUCACUGACCCUCCUUACGGUGUUCGUGCAGGUGCUAAAAAGUUGGGAAGACAUGAUGGUAAAGAAUUGACAAUGAGAACAUAUGACGGUGUUCCAAUGCAUACCCGUGAGGAUUAUUAUCCACCUACAAAACCAUACGAAAUGUCAGAAGUUUUGGUUGAUCUCUUAAAUUUUGCCGCAAAACAUUUACUUUUGGGAGGUCGAUUAGUCUAUUGGUUACCCACUAUAGUUGAUGAAUAUUCAAACGACGAUGUGCCUCAACAUCCUUGUAUGAAAUUAAUAUCGAACAGUGAACAAAACUUUGGACAAUGGUCACGUCGAUUAAUUACAAUGGAAAAAAUUAAAGAUUGGGUGCCUGAAUCAACAGCAUCUAUUGACCAUACCACUUUAACAGAAGAAGAAAAGGCAGAAAUUAUUGAAAAGGGGACCGAAGAUCCCAAACGACCUGGUCACUUUUUAUUCCGUGAAAAGUACUUUAAUUUUGGCCGUGACUUUAAUGAAAAGAAGAAUUAA